AUGUGGUCUCCAUUCGGACGAAACACCAUCGACCAGCCAUGGGAGGUCGUCGGCUCCAAGAGCGUUGAGCCCGUGCCGACAUUCGACGACCACGACGCUUUUGCAGACCUGGACAUCGUGCGCGCGAGCCCGAUUGACAUCAGCGCGAAGAGCGUGUUCGACGUCAAGCCGCCGUUCGUGCGCGCGAGCGCAGACGCUGCCCACCCGCGCAGGUUCGACCUCGAAAGCGCGCUGCGCACUGCGCGUUCGCGCCUGCUGAAGGAGGCCGCGCGCCUCGGGUACAACGUCUUUCUGCUCGAGGGGUGA